GGCAUUUUAGUUCGCAUUGUAUCGGGCAAGAUUACAAAAUUAUAUCCUGUCUUCCGCCGCUACAAACCCUACCGACGGCCGGGCAUACUGUCGACCUGCGGCCCUUUCGCGGCCCCAAUACCUGCCGACUGCAUUAGUGAAGUGGUCAUCCGCCGACGGUAAAAACCUCUGCCUUAUCCAGCGAAUUUUUAACGAAUUUUAGCGAAUUUCUUACAGUUUUUACAAGUUCACCGGAUAUCGAAUCCGAAGCUGAAAAUUCGGCGAACACGGUGACUUUGAAGAAGGGUUUUCAAUGAAUAAGCCAGUUGUAGGUGGUGUGGGAGGUGCAGGUAUUGGAAUAGGUGCAAGAGGUAUUUCUGGUCCCACUGCUGCAGCUGCUCAAGCUGCAGCUCAGAAGCAGAAAGUUCUUACACAACGAGCAGAUACAGACAUAAAUACUAUUCUGGAUAACUUUUCUCACCUUGUUAAAGCUGCAAGGGUCAAUGAUGCACCAUUUCGAAAUUCACAAGAGGCAUUUCAAAUGGAGAUACAUGCUUCACGUGUGGUUCAAGCAGCUGACUCGCUCUUGAAGCUUGUUUCCGAACUAAAGCAGACAGCUGUUUUCUCUGAUUUUGCAUCUUUAAAUGAGCAUGUUCAGCAACGUGUUUCAAACUUUGAGCAGCAAUCUGAAGAAACAGACCGACUUCUUUCAACAGUAGCUGAACAGGCUGCAACAAGUUUAAAAGAACUUGAAUCUCAUUAUUACUCAUCCAUUUAUAGGAAACCUGAGUGAGCUUUUUUGGGUAAAUAGAAGACAUGCCCUGGCAUUCAGCAUAUUCAGGGUUCCCCAGCUACUCACUGUCUUUAUAGAGAGCGAUCUUGUAAUUCUAAUGUAUUGGGUUUGUGUGGCAGCCAAAAUAACUCAACAUGGCUUAGCAUAUUGUGAUUGGUAUACAAUUCAAACAAGGGUAAUGUUUGUCUUGCUUCUAUUUUUACUUUGCAUCGAUAACCUUGGACUCUUCAAUUCCAAUCACUAAAUCUAACCGAGCCAGUGUCUUUUCAACUUUUGAACCGUCUUCUGAGUGUAAAUGGUGACCGGUUGGAACUAUUUUGUGUAUGCAGAGAUAUAUACCACCUUGUGUGCCUACGGAUGAUAAACAUCAUAUUAAACAGGUUCAUUUCUGUCUAAAAGAAGCGGGCAUUGUUUGAUAAUUA